UGGAACACAGCCAUCGAGACUCACUAAGCCGAGUCGGGGUAAAUACCGGUACGUUAUCACAGCAGGAAUUAAAACUGCCAUAUUGUGGUAGACUUUGCCACCAAUACUUUUAGGAUGUUCAACCCUCACAUUCACCAGCAGCAGCAGCAGCAGCAGCAGCAGUUUCAUCAGCAUCUCCGGCAUCUGCAGCAGCUGUUUCAGCAGCAGACCCCACCACCUCCUCCUCCACCACCACCUCAGCCUCCUCCUGCACAUCAUAUCCCCCAUCAUCAUGGUGGAUCUAGGCCAAUGGCUGUACCAGCACCGGCACCUCCUUCUGCUCGCAUGGUCAACCUCUGCUCAGCCACUCAGACUAUUAUUGCCCCAAACCCUAUGCUGCAGGGCGCAUUACUGAUGCAGCAGAUGCAAGGGAACAUGAGGAGCUUUGCCAUGGGCGGACAGCAGUUCCAGCAGUUUUUCGCUACAGGGACAAGGUCCUCGAUUUUGGGGCCUGUUCCACUGGGAGUUGCCAUCAAGACUCCACAUAUGGGAUUUCCUCCCAGACACUUUAACCCUCACGCUCGCUACUACAACAACAAUGAUUUCCAGGCACGGCAGCCUGACAGGAAGAGGCAGAUCGAGCAAAGACCGGCACUUGGCUCAGACAGCCAGCCUGCAGCGAGUAGCAGUCGGGAUGAAGCUGCAGCUGUGGCUGAUGUAAGCAGCCAGUCAUCUACACAGCAGCCAGAUGAACCAACUACAAAGAAACAGAGAACUGAAGGGGUUAAUGAUCCACAGGAGACAGAAUCUUCACCAAGCACCGAGUAUGAACGCCCUGCUGAAGACCCUGAUACUGCAGAGUGCAUACCGGUAGAAGAUGGCACCGUGGCUGGCUCAGAGGCAGCAGAGGCGCUAGAGCAAAGCAGAGCAGCAGAGCAAGUGGAAAUCUCUGAAUCUUCACCCAAGGAUGAAGAACAGCACAACAGUUCAAGCCAGUCUGAGUUUGCAGGUCCUGUGAGUGACGAUAAAGAGAACACAGAGAGGAACGACGAAGGGAAACGAGAAGAAGCAGGAGACACUCCUAGCAAAUUCUUCUGCUAUAUAUGUAACAUCACCUGCCACAAUCAGCAAAAUUUUCAGAGCCAUAUGAACGGACUUGCCCACCAGCAGAGGAUGAUGGAAAUUCAGCACAUGAGUAACGCCUGCCUCGUCACGCUGCUGCCCCGCGUACAGGAGUCUCUGCAGGGAGCACGCAAUGACGCAGAGAAAAGACCGGGGCUGCAGAGGUGGUGCGCUACCUGCAAAACCCACUUCACAAUCAACGUCAUGGAGCAUCGCAAGACAAAGGAGCACAAGAUCUGUAGCCGUUCCACCAGCCCUAGCUGCACCGUUUGUAAGCAGCAGUUCAGAACAUCCAGAGAGUUUGUGGAGCACAUGCAGUCCGACCAACACAAGCAACGCAUGGAGCAGUUGCUAAAAGACGCCGGGACUGGAAAUCUGGGCGAUUUGGAUUUGCACAUGUGCGCAGUCGGUGCUGAUGAGUGUCUGGACAGUGAUGAGGAAGAAACAGUGACCGAGGAAAAUGGGCAGGAAGGGCUGCCUGUCCAGAUGGAAGUCACACUGGAAGAUAUCACGGAGGAGGAAGAGUUUGACCAGGACACAGUAUACGGUUCCAGCUUCGUCAUGCCUGUGGCUGGGUUUCUGUGCCGCCUGUGCAACGAGUUCUAUCACUACGAAAAAUCAGCACGGCGCUCUCACUGCAAGACGCGCCAACACUUUGAGAAUUUAAAGAAAUAUAAGGCCUUAAAGGUGCUGGAAGCUUCGGCUUUGCCGUCCCCAGCAGAGUUCCUCUGCAGCUCAGUGGACCAUUGCACCAAGGACACGGAGUCUCCCAGCAGUUCCUCAUUAAGUGACCCUGCUGUCAGUAACAGCAGACUAGGAUCCUCUGAAGCAGCAGCUAUUCAGGAAAGCACCACAACCACCAGCAGCACCAGUAACGGCAGCAGCACCUCACCCUCCCCAGACCAGCCGCCUGCACCGCUGCCCGUUUCUCCUGUAGAGGCCAAAGACGCAGAGGAAGACUCGCUCUUGGAGGAAGCGGAGGACGAGGAGGACACUGCCAGCUGCGUUCUGCAGGAGAAGACCGUCCGAGGGCGUGGCAGGGCGCCUGCUAAGAAAAGAGGAAGGGGAGGAAGACGGCGCUGAGCGAGGGAAAGUCUGGCGAACUGAGCUGCUACAGAGUUUCAAAGAGAGGGAACUGCGUUACCAUCCUCUCCCAUCUAGAGGUUUAGAUAAGAGGAGACGGUGGAACGAUCCCAGUAGAGUGUAGGUCUUUCGCUCGGCCUUUAUAGGCAAUUUCCCAGAACCCACAAGUCGUGGUAUUGUUUUUUUUUUUUAAUUCGAGAUCUUUCCCAAAUGUGUGUGAGGGUGAAGAAUGUGCGGUUGCGUAACUGCGCACCGGGUCAUUCCCCUCAAUUAGGCACCACACAAGCUUGUAGUGAUUUAGAAUGUAGCACCUUUUUUUCUUAACCAUACAUCUUUCAUGUGGUUUUGUAAAAAUACAUACUGGAAGAAGUGGAAACACACUGGAAAAGUCGAGGUUGAUUUACAAAUUCAGUUCCAAAAGAGAAAAAUCUAAAUAAAACAGAUAGCAAUGCUUUGUAAAUCGUUUUUUGACCUGUAUUGAAUUAAAAACAGUACAAAGACAAAAUAUUUAAUGUUCCAAUAUUUACUAUUUUGGUUAUAAACCCUUAUUUUACACUGGACGACUACGACAUGUUCCAAAACAGGUUAUGGCAGGGACAGGAACAUGGUUACCACUGUGUUACAUCACCUUUCCUUUAAAAAUUGUUGUAGUGAUUAGGAAACUGAGGGCACAGGUAUUUGUGAAGGUAAUUAUUUAGCUAUAUUGCUUGAUAUAACACUUUUUCAAUUGGUGACAGGCCUGGACUACAGGCAGGCCAGUCUUGUACCUGUACUCUCUUACUGUGUAUGGAAAGUAAUACAUUUUCUACACAUGUCCAAAAUGUGGCUUUGCAAAUGUUGCAUUGCAUUUAACCCUCGACAUUAAUGAUGCCUUCAAAAUGUUUGUUCCCAAUUCCAUUAGUACUAACACCCCUCCUAGCACGGCACACGCUGGCUUUUGAACUUUUUCAAAGUAUUCCCGAGCCCAUGCAGUUGUAUUUGGUACAGAAGCAUUUUUAAUGCACCGCCGUCUAAGGUAUCACAUGGAUUUAAUAUUUAAUAUCACAUGGUUUUUGGCCUCGUCCCUUAUGCACAAGAUUUCUUCAGAUUCUUUGAAUCUGUUAAUAAUGUCAUGGACUGUAGAUGUUGAAUUCCUAACAGGUAGUGAGAAUUAAGUGCUGAACCUUGACCCAUCCUUGUGCCUAAUCUUGUGAGCUUUUAAUGAAUGAUUUAUACCUAAUCAUGUCAGAAUCACCCAUUAUCUGUCCCAACUUAUUUUGUAAUGUUUUGUACAUGUUAAAUUAGGAGGGUAGAUUUAAAACAUUAGAUAUCUGUUGUAGAUGUACUGUUUUUAAUUAAAUAUCUCUAAAAGACAGAUCAAUGCUUUCUGUUUUUCCUCGCAUCUUACCGACUAUCAUACUGUCCCGACUUUUUUGUUAAUGAGUUUGUAUUUGAAAAUGUCUUAUCAUUUGGUCUUAUUAUAAAAUUCACGAUGUGUUUAUGCUCUCUGGAAUCACAUGCAACUGUCGAGCUUAGAUGUAAGAUAUAACGCGAAUGUAAAGAGGGUGAAACAGUUUUUCUCUGUCUAAGUUUAACAGCAGGUUCUGGUUCUAUCAAACCCUGAGCCUCUAGUGACUGAGAGCUAAAGCAAGGCGAUGCUAUACUCUAAUCCAGAGAUUUGUUUUGCUCUUAACAUAACUCACAUUAGACUUACAUUCCCACUUUUUUCCCCCCACGAUUUAGUCUUUUCCAAUUCCACUGCCCCUUGCACCACCUUCGUGUUAACUGAGCAGAGCUGCAAACUAGCACCGACCCCCGCCGUUAUGUGGGAGGUUGCAGGUAGCAGACUCUUACAGAGUUGCACCGUGUAUGAAGCAGCUGCCCCCACCACUCAUGGCAGCGCCUCGAUCAGACACGGAUGUUGCAUUCUGUAGCAACAAUAAGAAGAAACCCCUCCCUUCUUUACGGACGGCUAAUUGUGUCUGUUGGAUGACCGGCCAGGUCGGUAGCCCCACUGAACUUCGUGUCGGGUGCUUGAAAAAAAAUUAUGACGAUCCGCUGGAUCAAAUUAUACAAACAGCAAUCUAGGUUGGUCGUGUAGGAGGUUUAUAGAACUGGGGCAAUUACUGAAGUACCAAGUUUGAAAAGUGGCACCUUCUGCUUGGCCAGACAUUUGUCCAGGUGGUCAGAUGGAAAAACAUGCCUGCCUUGAAUCAGCAGCUUCUAGAACGUGGGUGACACUGUCCACAGUCAAGCAAGCAUUACAUUAUCAUGCUCGAUUGAUUAGUAACAAAGUCUUGCUGUAAGGUACCUAAUUUGGAGCAGAAGCUUUUAAUUCAUUCUCAUUUUGACAAAAAAAAAGAACAUUUGCGAAAAUGUAUUGAUAUGAAAAUUAUGAAUUACGAUGUAGGAAUGGCAUUAGAUGACUGUUGUUCUUCCAAAUUCCCCACUUACAUAACACUGAAUGAAAAACAUACAACAGCAAGAUGUCUUGCAUUAUAUAUCAGUAUUAAAAUAUAUAAAGUUAUACAGGAGAUUAAACUUUUUUUUUAAACAUUCAUACCAGUUUAUAUUCAUGUCAACAAACGCAAGAAGCAGAUGCUACAUGCUCACAAGACUUAAACAACAUUUAAAGCAAGGUGAAGUAUUAUUUAUUAGUGGGAUCAUGCCUAGGUUCAUUCCUAAUGAUGCACAGAUAGAUCAGAUCAGUGCUUAAAUAGAGGGGACUGAACAUUCAGGUUUGCUCCAGCAGGAUCACACAAAGCCAGCAUUCUUUAAAGAGCUUUUCCUAAGCUCCAAUAAGGAAAACUGUACUUUAAAAAUCAUUUUUAUUGUUUUAUCCUGUCUUAGUGAGGUUAUUGAUCAUCAGUCUGCACGUGUGUAGUCCGAGUGUUGGUGUCACUGUUGUUAUAGCUGCUGCUGUUAGUUGCUUAUACGGUCAUGCUGUCGUCUUUCUUGAAUUAGUUGUAUUAUAUGUGGGUGAAAGAAAAAUCCAUCGGAACUCUGUUUGUUAAUUCAUGUUAUCUGGUGAUUUGUUUACUCACAGAAGCUGCGCCCCAAACUGCAUCCAACAUAGUUGAUUAAUUGACUUGCAUUGCAGUAAUUAGACAGACUGGCGGCACGGUGACUCGGUGGGUAGCAAGAAGGUCCUCACAGCAAGAAGGUCCUGGGUUCGAUCCUCAGGCGGGGCGGUCCGGGUCCUUUCUGUGCAGAGUUUGCAUGUUCUCCCCGUGUCCGCUCCGGUUUCCUCCCACAGUCCAAAAACGUGCAGUCAGGUUAAUUGGAGACACUGAAUUGCCCAUAGGUGAAUGGGUGUGCGCAUGUGUGUGCCCUGCGAUGGACUGGCGCCCCAUCCAGUGUAUUACUGUGUGCCUUGCGCCCAUUGAAAAGCUGGGAUAGGCUCCAGCACCUCCCUCUACAACCCUAAUUGGACGAAUGGUUAAGAAAGUGAGUGAGUAAUUAGACAGACUAUUUAGUUUUCUAUUCUUUCGACAUUACCCAAUCAUGUCCAUGAAGCCGCCCGACCGGCUGAUAGCACCGUUGACAUUCGAACGCUGGAUUCCCAGAUCUCAGCAGUAGUAAACUCCCCAGACAGACUAGUUAGUACAGAAGCGUGCAAUUUGGGCAGAGCAGCUAUGAGCUUUGUCUUCAGGACGCAUAGACUGAAUUAUACAGUUUAAACUGAGUUUGUUCUUUAGACUGUAAUCUCUUCAGUGUAAAAAUCCGGCUCUGUGAUGAUAAAUGCUGAGAUAUGAAUGUAAUCAUGCCGUGACAAUGUUUUGCAUUGUUUAAAUGAUGAAUGAAAUGUUCACUUAAUAAACAGGAUAAAUGCCA